UUCACGUUGUCAUUGGUUGUUUCACAACCACGCUACAUCUGAUUCACAAAGACCACACAAACUCUCUCUCCCUCUUUUUUAACGGUUCACUGUACAAAACAGAGUAGGGUUUUAGAAGAGAGUUAGGGUUUUUCUUGAAAGUAGCCAAUAUGGUGGCAGACAAUAGCAAGAGGCUGAAAGUUGCAGAGAAAGGCGAAGAGGAAAACUCGGAACUCAUUGAUCGAGAACUCGUACUCUCCAUCGAGAAACUGCAGGAAAUGCAAGAUGAGCUAGACAAGAUCAAUGAGGAAGCAAGUGAUAAAGUUCUAGAGGUGGAGCAGAAGUAUAAUGAGAUACGCAAGCCUAUCUAUGAGAAGCGAAAUGAGAUUAUCAAAUCCAUUCCUCAUUUCUGGUUAACUGCUUUUUUGAGUCAUCCUGCUUUAUCUGAACUUUUGGAUGAAGAAGAUAACAAGGUUUUCAAGUAUCUUAUCUCCUUGGAGGUGGAGGAUUUUAAAGAUGUGAAAUCGGGUUACUCUAUUACAUUUAACUUCAACCCCAACCCUUAUUUUGAAGACACGAAGCUUACAAAAACUUUUACCUUCCUUGACGAAGGAACAUCCGAAAUUACUGCGACAUCAAUCAAAUGGAAAGAGGGCAUGGUUCCCAAUGGAGUUAGUUAUGAGAAGAAAGGGAACAAGCGGUCUGCUGCAGAUGAAAGCUUUUUUACCUGGUUCAGUCAAACUAAACAUAAAGAUGUGAUUGAUGAUAUUCAUGAUGAGAUUGCAGAGAUAAUCAAGGAUGAUUUGUGGCCUAAUCCUCUGAAUUAUUUCAAUAAUGAAGCUGACGAGGAGGUUGAUGGGGAUGAGGAUAGUGAUGAGGAAGAAGAUGAUGAAGAGGAAGACGACGAUGAUGGUGAUGAGGGAGAUGACUAAACUCUUAAAUGUCACUGUUCUGUUGAAUUAUUUGUUGGCAUUUAGUUCUUCGGUAAUGGCCUUGUGAAGUGUUCCAUACUGGUUUUGAUGAGUUCCAGGUAACAGGGUACAAUGACAACUUUAGCCCAUGUCUAUUGAAGGCGCCUCUUUAUCCUGUAGACAAUUGACUGCAACCAUGGUCAGUUUGAAGAUCUGACUUUUGUUUCCUUAUCCAUCAAAGGGCUUUAUUUUUGUUCUUUGGUCGUUCUGGGUUUCUCCCUUGUAUGUUGGUUGUCAGAGACUGAGGGUUAUCUUAUUUUGCAAUUUUUAUCAUGAUUGCUGUCAAUGAAAUCUCUAUAGUCUGAGGCCUUUGGUAUCCUAUACAUAUAGAUCUACUUGAUUAUGGAAAAGAUUUGGGCUAUUUAUCGGUAUAUAGAUUUAUGUUAUCUGA